AUGAUAAAUAACAAUGUGAUUGUUUCAAAUAACAAAACUGAUGGGGCAUACUUUCAAAGGUGCUGCAGGGUUCUCUGCAAUAUUAGCAGAGUUGGUGUGCUGAGGAUAGAGUUUUCCCAGGCUGUGGAUCUGAAGGAAGUUGAGAAAACAAACCCUGAAGUUAGAGAAGGAGGCCGCUAUGCUCCAAAAGACUGUAAAGCGCUUCAGAGAGUAGCUAUUAUUAUCCCAUUCAGAAACCGGGAGGAGCACCUGAAGUACUGGCUCUAUUUUCUCCAUCCAAUCCUUCAAAAGCAACAGCUUGACUAUGGAGUGUAUGUUAUCCAUCAGGAUGGAGAUGAAGAAUUUAACCGUGCUAAACUGCUGAACAUAGGCUUCAGAGAGGCUUUGAAAACAUAUGACUAUGAUUGCUUUGUAUUUAGUGAUGUGGACCUAAUUCCAAUGGAUGACAGGAACAUCUACAAAUGUUAUAGUCAACCAAGGCACCUCUCUGUGUCAAUGGACAAGUUUGGAUUUCGGUUACCUUACAAUCAGUAUUUUGGAGGCGUGUCCGCUUUAAGCAAGGAACAAUUCUUAAAAAUCAAUGGGUUUCCAAACAAUUACUGGGGCUGGGGUGGUGAAGAUGAUGACAUUUAUAACAGACUCGUUUUUAAAGGUAUGGGGAUAUCUCGCCCAGAUGCUAUAAUUGGGAAAUGCCGAAUGAUUCGCCAUUCAAGAGACCAUAAAAAUGAGCCCAACCCAGAGAGAUUUGAUCGAAUUGCUCACACAAGAGAGACAAUGAAUUCUGAUGGUAUAAACAGUCUAUCCUACAAGGUUAUAAGAACUGACAAGUACCCUUUAUACACAAAAAUAUUAGUGGAUAUUGGCUCACCAAAAAGUUAGUGUUGCAGAGGCAUAUCAAAUGAUUUCGUAUGAGAAGAUUUACCAGGAACAUCGGAUCUUUAGGACCUGCACUCUCAUCAAAAUGAACAAGAUAGCCUCAUUCGAAUAUACAGAGCUUUUUUUCCCAAAACGGCUGGGAAAAAUGAGAUUAUUUUUUUUAAUCCAAACUUGACUUUAUACAACUUUCUAGCUCUACAUUAUUUUUAUAAAUUUAAGAUCUGUAAAUAUGAGUUGUGAAUAUUUACAUUGCCAGAAAAUGUUGGAUAUUAUAUAUUUGCUGCAGUGCUCCCCUUGUUAAUAGUUGUAUGCAAAUUUUACUGAUCACAAGCUGUGGUGAAUCAGCAGUUAAUACCCAUAUUCUCCCCUGACCCCACCCCUCCAUCCUUUAAAUUAGGUAGAUUGAAAAACUGCUUUAAAUUCAUUACUGUUGUUAUGCUAUGAAGGACUGGAAAAUGCUGCUGAAGUUGUACAAGUUUACACUUUGUAUUAGAUUUUUUUAAUGGAGGCAGUAUCAUAUAUUCUUGUUUAACAUCUACCAAAACAAAAUCUAGCUUAAAUUUUACAGAUAGUCCAUUUUGUGUAAUCUCAAAGGGGAUUUUAAGUAAUUUGGGAGCCCAUCUUCCAUUAAGCACUACACAGGCAGGAAAUGAUGGAAAUCUUAAUGGAAGGAUGCAAUGGGUAGAAUAAAUAUUGUGAUCAGCACAGUUUCUGUCUCCAGAUAAACCUUCUUCUGAAUGUAAAGAUGUUUCUUGCUGUAGAGCAGAAAGAUUCAUCCUUUCCCUUUUUUUUUAAGAAAGGCAAAUGGGUUGUGAUUGGGGAUGAAACAAUAAUCUCAUUCUUAAAUAACCUUUACCAAAAUUUGUUUACUAUUGUAAAAGUUUAUCACCUCAUUGAAAUAUUGUAAAAGAUUCAUAAAAAUGAAAAUAUUUUUCUUGCAGUGUUGUACAUAAAACUUGAAUUCACUGUUGUGUUGCUGGGACAUUUUAAUAAGAUUUUGUGGGAUACAUUGGUUUUUUUAAGUAAUUUUUGUAUGCCAUUAUACAGUAUGUUAAUACCCUGAUUAAGCUAGGGUGCAGCAUAAUUGUUAAACUAAGCCUUAAAAACAGUGUGUCUUUAUAAAUGAUGAUGUAUCUUUAUAAUGAUAGGCUGCUUCAUUGUAUAUAAGCCAGGUAUUAACUUUGCUCCUUAUAUUUGUCCAUAAAAAUCUUGCACUCCUUUAAUGCUUUGGUACUAACAGGAUAGUAAACACAAGGUUUAUUUUAUGUUAUUCAAAGCCCCUUCUAAGUGUGUCAGUUAUGCUGUGGGAAUUAUUCCUAGUUACAAUUUUAGUCAUUUUUUUUAGCUGUUGGGGAGAUCUUUAAAAUACUUUAUUUUUAAAUACACACAAGAAACACUGCUAGCUGUAUAUAUCCCUUGCUUUUCCAUUUUAUGACAAAAUGAGAACCCCUCAAAAAUCAAUGCAUUGAGAGUGGUUGGAAAGUGUUCAGUAUUUCAACCAAAAGCAACAAUGACUUCUCCGGCAAUUUUUUGUGAUUUUCCUUGUUGAUACUUCGCUCCAGCAACUUGCAAAGCUGGAGCUUGGUUCAAAGAGGAGCAGUAGCCUGUAGAUGAGGCCUGUGGUGCCUGUUGAGUUCACUCCUGCCAGCUGGUGGUUGAAUUGAAUCUCUACAUAGUGGGAAUGGUUCCUCUACUCUUCUUUGUUUCCUGAGAAGAGUGGGGCAGCUCAAAUAGUUGUUUCUCACUGUAGAAGAGCCCCUAUGUUGUUCAAACUGGUUGUGCCUUAUUCAGAUUUAGUUCUUGGGCUGCUGGCUGUGGUUUGAAGUCUGGAUGAAGACCCCAAUAAUGGGUUGUAAAGUCUGCGUGGGAUGCAGUUGUCCUUCAGUCUGUUAUUUCCAAAGGCUGUAUAUGCACACAAGUUAUAUCUAUGUGAAGUUAAACCAGGGCAGGUGCUGUCACUGGUUUGGUUAUUAUAGCUGACAUCUGUAAAUCUACCAGAGGCACUGAAACCUCUAUAAGAGUGUCUGCAUGCAGAACUGGACCUGUUUAGCCACAUCUGUAUAAAAUUACACCUGUAGUUAAAUUGGUGAGAGCUCUGGCUCUGAGCAAAAUGGGGAGCAGGAGCUUCUUGGUACCUUUUCUGGUCUAAUCUUGGGCUUGGUACAGGCAGAUUUGGGUGCUCCAACAGGUUUCCAUGGGACUCUGGUGACUGCCUGCCUGCCCAACUGCAUGUACCUUUUUGCAGGACCAGUGGCUAAGCAGCCCAGCUUACAAAUACUUGAACUUGAAAAUGAUACAGAGAAUAAUUCUGGCAGAGACAUGGUUGGUAGCACAUGAAUUGGGUUUGCUCCAGGAACUGGGUGAAUUCUCUCCCUGCAAAACUCAGGCAUGUGCAACAACACACAUUAGCAGACUGAGCUUUUCAAAGGUGCUCAGAGUGAGGCUCCCACAACACCCUCGCUCAUUCUCAGCGGCAUGUAGACACCAAAUUAUUUGUAGGCUCUUAAACAUCACAAGGACUCAACAGCGACCAUGAAGUGACUUUGUUCACUAAUGUACUGCCUUUACCCUCAGCAGGUAGUAAUGUGUGAACAUCUGAGCCCGCCAAUACUGUCGGUUCUUCCUCUGCACAAACUAUGCAAAGAUGCUAUGUAUUGCACUUGACUUCUUUUUGCCUUUACAGCUCUGUGGAGAUCAGGAAAACUUUCUACAGAAAAAAAAGUUCUCUUUAAAAAUAAAAAGCUUGAGUAACCGAAUGCCAUGUAAAUGGUAACUUCUGGCUGUCAGCCUCAAAGAUUUCUACAAAUGUGCCUUAAAAGAAAGGGGGGAAUGGCAACCUUGAACCAAAAGAAAACAGCUACACUUUAAAGUUGCUUCAGACUGACAUUUUAAAAGCAUACGAGAAAAGGGUCGGGGGGGAGCAUUAGACAAAACCUUUUCUCCUUUCUAAGAGAUUUACUUAAAUCUUUUGAUCAUCAGCCAGGAUUUCCCUUUUCUGAGUUCACCUCUCAAACUGUGAAAUUUCUUCUUGACAUGAACAGUCCAUGAAGUCCAGUCACUGUUCUCUCUCUGGGGUUUUCAGGGGCCUUAGGUGUAAACAUGCGCAUCACUCAGAAGUGAAUAUUGACUGAAUUUUACCUUGUGGUGGUUCCCCAUCCCAAUGCCCUUAGCAAUGCACAAAACAGUCUUAUGUAAAAGGGUCAGAAGUUAGAGAAUGCCAUGAAACAAAACAUGGUUGCCUAAUUCCUUCAGGAUAAUUGUGUACUGUUUAGGAUAUCGCCGUGCUGUAGUUUGCAACCUUAUAUCACAUGUCCAUGCAUUUACUGAAUGGCAUAGAUGUUUUCAGCAUGUCUUACUUUGCACUUUUGUCACCUGUAUUAUUUACAAAUGUAAAAGUUGAGAUUCCUACUUUGAUAUUCAUGUCAAAUAAAAUAUUUUCAGUUAUUACA